UUUUUUUAUAAAAGCUAAGCUGUGGGUUACUACAGUUGCUGCAAUAUCAGAAACACUCAAACAUGAAGGUGGCUAUUCUCGUCUUAGCAUUUGUUGCCCUCUCAGCCAGUGUGGCUUACGCUGCUCCUACUGAGAAUGAAGAUGAAGCUGCCAUUCAAGAGUUGAUGUCUUCUAAAGAAGUUGCUGAAAUUGAGCGUUUCAUCAACGAACUUUUCCAACAAAUAGCAGAGCAACAGAAUGAUGAUCAGGUGGAAUUGGAGACCAAUGCGAUGUACGAUGCUCAUGUCGACGCAGCAAUUGAAGAAUUCUUUGCACAAGAGCAAGUACCGGUUGAAGUACAGGCCCGUUUCAAGAAGAACUUCAAGAAAGCUUUCAAGAAAUUGGGAAAGAAGCUUCGAAAAUUCAAAUCAAAAGUCGGAAAGCUUGGGAAAAAAGGGCUCAAGAUUGGAAAGAAAGUUCUUAAAAUAACAGGAAAGGUGCUAAAAAAAUACGGCCCCACAGUGCUUAAAAUUGGCCUAGCAUUAUUGCCAGUUAUUCUUCCUUUGUUGGCUGGCUAGAAAUUAACAAUCGAAAAAACCUUCAGAACAGAUAUUUCAGCUUAGUAGCAUAUACUAUUGUUUGUCAGUUUGUUUAUAGAUAAUAAUAUCAAUUAUUGCUUUUUAAUAAGUGCUGACAUCAGCGUUUUACAUUCAAAUUGCACAGGAAGCGACUCAUCACCGACUGUGCAGAUAUUUUUCCAUAUCGCACACCCGGAAGUAUUAUUGCACACUUGUUAUUGCACACUAGGAAGUGAUUAUUAUUUGGAAUAAAACGUUUUCAGCAGUGAGAGAACAAGAAAAACAUAGUUUACACACUUAUAAUCAUGCAUUGCAAUGUUUAUCAGUCUCUUUUCUUGUUUUCUGAUGCUCUGUAUCACUUCUGUGCUCUUUUUGCAGUGAAGCUGAGGGUCAGGAGGUUGUCAGUGUUCUUAUUUAACGCAUCAAACAGGCAUCAGUGUUGGAAGUGGGUGCUUUGAGCGGAGUAUUGCACAUGUAGAAGUGUACUGCACCACCAUAUAAGCCUGUUCAGGCUUGUAUAAAGUCGUUUUGGCUUCAAAAACGGUUGUCACACUUUUCUUCAGUUAUAGCGGUGCAUGUUUCCUCUUCUGAUACACUGGAGCAUGAUAGAAAGCAAGCACAUGCUGUUUAUCCUUCAGAACUAUCCAUUUUCAAAACGGGUUGCUGGUUGUCAACGUUUUUCUUGUCUUUUUUUCUUGUCUGUUCUCUACAAAAUCUUUAAGUAGCCUUCUGCAAGCUCUCUUGGUGUUCUAGAGUCUUAUUUCUUUGUCUUUCUAGCUGUUUUCUUUCUCUUAAACUCGUCUUCAACUGGGAGAACUCAAUUUUGUUGCUACGCAUUCUUCUGGUUGAUAAAGCAACCGCAUGUUGCGCAUGCGCAGAUUCAACCUACAUUUUGGUUGCCAAGCAAUAAAUGCAUUAUCCCAUGGAUACUGAUGAUUAUCACUCGUCCGUGCCUAGUAACUGUCACUCGUGCCUUGCAGGCACUCGUGCAGUUACUGGCACAGACUCGUGAUAAUCCUCAGUAUCCAUAGGAUAAUAUCAUAGUAUUAGUGUUACGUAUUAUAAUUCAAUUUUGACAGUAAUGUUGUAUUAUAUAUGUUGUUCAUUCAAGUAUAAACACAUACAUGUACACUGCAUGGAGUUAAAAUUAUCCAACUGCAAAACUAAAAUGCUACUUCAGUCAAUUGUCUCUUUGAUGUUGUUCCGUUUUUAGUCCUAGCGGCCAGGGAACAACCUCGUACCUGUCCUAUUGAUAUAGUUUAUUGCCCUGUUAACCCAUCCUUGCAGUUCAGCCGAUACUUGCUCUUCUGCGAAAAACUCCUGCAGCGCAGCAUUAAUUUGCUCUUCUUUAACUUGAGCGAGAAUAGACUUUGUCUUGUCUUGCUCUGAAGCUGUCUCUUGUUGCAUUAGCUUCUCUAGAAGUGUUUCAUCUGCAGAGUCGUCCGCUGCUGUUGGUUGAGAUCCUCCGAAAAAAAAGGUUCUAAGAAAGGUUCUAAGAUUCAUUUUUUGAAGUAUAGCCUCAAGCUCUGUUUCUUCAACAGGAGCAGCGUAAGCCACACUGGCUGUGAGGGCAACCAAUACCAGGACGAGAAUAGCCACCUUCAUGUUUGAGCGUUUCAACCGUUUAUAGUUCCUGAAUUUCUGUGAAUUUGCUCCGACUAUAACAUUAUUUUUCUGGCUUCCUUUUAUAGAUCCUGUGAUCACCUCCAUUUUAAAACAAAAUGUUUGGAUGAGCCAUUUAGUUGUUAGCUCUAAGAUAACAUAUAGUGUUGUUAUUUGUUUGUGUGUGUCUUCGGUUUCUCUGAAUAGUAUAACAAUGAAACCUUGAACACCCCCUCCCCCCUUUGUAAAGGUCACAGUUUAAUAGCAUAUUAUUAUCUUUCUUGGAUUGAUGAGGUUUACAUAGCAUCAAGAGUACUAUUAUCUAUUCUCAAUGUAUUUUACAGUUUCAUUCUAUUACCGUAUAAGCGGGUAAUUUUCGUGUGGUAAAAUAUUCAUUAUUUUGUGGGCAAGCUGACCUCCACGAAAUUUUAACGUAGGCAUGGCCUACCGGAACGUAGAAAUGCAGGCAGACAACACAAGACUAAACGAAAUUUUUACUAACGAAAACCACCGUUUCUCGAGUUUUUACCCUACGAAAAUUACCCGCUAUACGGUAUUUAUUUGACUUUGACCACUUAACAGCUUUUACAACACCCAGUUUUUAGCUCAUUGUGAACUAGUUUAUUAUAAUCCCUCUAAAUCCCUUCAAAUCGUAUUUCAGUGUUAUCAUUUCAAUACUAAUAUUAUUGUUCAGUAGAAAAUUAUGCAAAAUCUGCAAUCUCUAAGUCAACUGUCUCUUGUUAGUUCUCUUGCUUCUUUCCUAGCGACCGAAUACCCCAUACUUGAUAACUCUCCCAAUUGUUGGCUUGACAAAUCGUUUUAUACUUCUGCUAAGCCAUCCUUGCAGUUCAGCCGGUACUUGUUCUUGUGCGAAAAACUCCUGCAGCGCAGCAUCAAUUUGCUCUUCUUGAACUUGAGCGAGAAUAGACUUCAUCUUGUCUUGCUCUGAAGCUUGCAUUAGCUUCUGUAGAAGUGUUUCAUCUGCAGAGUCGUCUUCUGUUUGUUGAGAUCCGAAAACAUCUUGAAGCAUAGCCUCAAGCUCUGUUUCUUCAACAGGAGCAGCAUAAGCCACACUGGUUGUGAGGGCAACCAAUGCCAGGACGAGAAUAGCCACCUUCAUGUUAACUUCGAAAAUAAACUGUUUAGUUGCUUAAUUUCUGUGAAUUUGCUCCGACUAGAGAUGAUUUUUCUGGCUUUCUUUUAUAGAUUCCUGUGAUCACCUUCAUUUUAAAACAGAAUGUUUGCAUAAGCCAUUCAGUUGUUUUCUAAGAUUACAUAUUUUAUAGUAUUGGUGUGUGUUUUGUGUGUUUCUUUAUAGUUUCUCUGAAUUCUGAGAAGCCGAAAACACACGCAAAACAAACAGUGUUAACAACGACACAUGAAUCUCCCCCUCUGUAAAGGUCACAGUUUAAUAUCAUCUUGCUUGGAUCGAUGAGGUUUACAUAGCACCAAGAUGUAUACUAUACAGUUUCAUAUUUUUACCAAACAUGCAGCUUUUAGUAUGUAUAGUAUAUACAUGCAACACUCAUGCAGUUUUAGAGAUGCUACUUUCAUUGUAUUCACAAUUAUUUUUGAUGUAAUCAAUGAAGCCCCUCAGGUCCUAAUAAUAUUGAGUGUUAUCUCAACACUGUGCUAAUUGUUAUAAGCUACAAAAUUAUGUGUACUAGGCAAAAUUCGUAAUAUGAACUUAAGUCAUCUGUCUCUUGUCAGUUCUCUUGUUUAUUUCCUAGCCGCCGAAUAGACGCUUGAGUCCAUACUUAAGUCCAUACUUGAUACCUGUGUCGAUAAUCUUUGAUUUGUUUUUCUUGAGAUACUUUCCUGCCUGUUUGAGCUUCCUCUUGAACCAUCCUUGCAGUUCAGCUGGUACUUGCUCUUCUGCAAAAAACUCUUGCAGCACAGCAUCAAUUUGUUCUUCUUGAAUUUGAGCGAGAAUAGACUCCUUGUCUUGCUCUGCAGCUGUUUCUUGUUGCAUUAGCUUCUCUAAAAGUGUUUCGUCUGCGGUGUCGUCUUCUGUUUGUUGAGAUCCGAAAACAUCUUGAAGCAUAGCUUCAAGCUCUGUCUCUUCAACAGGAGCAGCGUAAGCCACACUGGCUGUGAGGGCAACCAAUGCCAGGAUGAGAAUAGCCACCUUCAUGUUUAAGAAUCAAUCGUUUAGCUGCCGAGUUUUGUGAUUUUUUUGUUCUGACCGCAGUACUAAAUGUUUUUUUUCUAGCUCCUUUUUAUAUUCAGCACCAUCAGUUUACAAGGGAAUAAUUAUAUCGAAAGUUAAAUUCUUAUUGCGAAAGAAGUAUUUCCCAAUAGAUAUAUAGAUUUUAAAGUUUCCCAAGGCCUGUGUUACACGUAGCUCUAUGAUAGUAGUACAUGUAUAGUACUGUCAUGUGAGUGUUUGUUUGUAACAUGUUACGUUGCUUGCACGGACAAUACACGCAAAUCAUGCAACCUUUUAACCUUUAUAUUAUAGGUCAUGACCUUCUUAGAUUGAUAAGCAUGCACGUAUAAUGUAUACAUAUAGUUGAUGUAAUAACUUCUAUACUGUAUUACUAGAAUGUUUUGUGAGCAUCAAACAUAUGCGAACUUUGCGAGGGUUGGUCAAUCCAACAAUAAAAUCGCAAAAUCUAAAUUAGUACUAGUAAACACACAACAAUCCUUGCCAGAACGCAAUAGUUAGAUCGCAAAGGGUCAACGUUCGCAAAAUAUUCUAUAAUAAUACGGUAGUAGAACAACUCAGUUUUAUGACAAUCUCUACAGUUCUUCUAUAGUCACUCUAUAGUCCUUCAAGCUCUACAUAUAGUUUAUAGUGUUCAAAUUCGUAGUGUAUAGCCGCAGAAGUCUAUCCCUUGUAGCAUUUGUAGGUACCGUACACUUUACGAGCAAAGGGAAUCACCUUCCUCCUCACGAAUCGCCCCACCUUCCUAACAGCACGCCUAAACCAUCCUUGCAUCUCGACUGGAACUUGCUCUCUGGCGUAAAACUCUUGCAGUAUGGCCUCGUUAUCCUCAUCUUCUUCAUCUUGUGGAAGCGAUUCGAUUUCCCCUGUAUUUUGCUCCUCCUCCUUGUUGUCCUUAUUCAUGAUCUCCCUGAGUAGAGCCUCGAUUUCAGCAUCAUCAUUUUCAUUUUCAAUGCCAGGAGCAGCAUAUGCCACACUGGCUGUGAGGGCAACUAAUGCCAGAACAAGAAUAGCCACCUUCAUGUUAGAGUCAACCGUGACUAGUUGAAUAGUUCGGUUAGGAGCAAAUGAAUGCAAUCUUGUGAACUCUGCUUGCUUUUUAUAAAGCGCUCUUUUUGUUAUUGCAGUGUAUACAUGCAGCUCUUAGAACAUCACAUAUAAAUAUAUAUAUUAAGAGCUUCGAUUACUGUUACUAGUAUGGGCUUUAGUAUUAAGGUUCCUGUCUAUAGAUCUUCCAUCUAUUACAGGAAGACCAUCCGCUUAAUGCAAGGAAGAUCUAUUGGUAGGAACAAACCUCCAUAUUAGCGUGUGUAAACAGGUUCAAAUGCCCUAUAAGAAUCAUUGCAUCCUUUGACCUGGGUUCUGGUAAUGGAAGGAAGACUUUCCAGUUGUCAAGUGAAACUGUUUAUCUCAUUUGCAGCAAAAAUCAAUUUUCCUCCUAUACACGUGUAGCAUAGUGUAUCAAAUUUUACUAUAAAAGCUCAUCAGUAAUGAUUGCUGAACAUUCUCAUCAACACUUGGAUCACGAUGAAGAUUGUAAUUCUUGUUCUCGUGUUGGCUGCUGUGUCAGCUUUUGCAGCCGAUCAAAUCAACAAGGAGGCUGAAGUUGAAGAAUUUAUUCAGCAUCUCAUGAAAGGACAAAAUGUAGAGAACGUUGAGCAAUUCAUCGAGAAACUCAUGAAUCAAGAAGAGGAAACAGUCUCUGAACAAGACGAACUGGACGAUCAAGAUAUUGAUUUGAUGCUGGCCCAAAUGCAAGAGGGUGAUGAUGGGGAUGACGAUGACGAUAAUGCAAUGCUUCAAGAGCUGAUUGCUCGAGAACAAGACCCUGAAGUGACAGCACAGUGGGGCAGGCGUAGGCGCAGGCGCAGGUUCAGAUUUCGCAGGGUGUAUCGAGGAGUUAGGCGAUUUGUUAGGCACCCACUGGUCAAGAAGAUCGCGCCUCAUGUAAUCGGAAAAAUCCCUUAUGUUGGAACAGCCUACAAAGUUUACAGGGGUGCCAAGUGCUUGAAGAAACACUUCAAUAUACGUAAAUGGGAGAACUGAGAGCUGCAUAUGAACGCAAUAACAAUUGUUAGAAUGAUAGUUUUAGUGUGGACUCAACUUGUAGAGUAGUUUCAUAUUGUGUUCAUGAUGAUGAUUAUAAAUUGUUAUGGAAGAUUUCAUUAUUUGAGAA